AUGGCUGAGGGUACGAGGAUGAAGGAUCUAACUGUGAAGAUUGAUACCAUGUUUGCACUCAUGGAUCAAAGAGAUGAGCGUCUGUUGGCCAUCAUUGAUCAACGGGAUUCAAAAAUGACUGGGAGGGUAACAAUCCUAGAAGACUCUCUGCUUAAUAUCUCUAAAUGUUUGGAAGCUUUACAGGUUCCAAAACCUAGCAUCACAGUAGAGCCAGAUGCUUCUUUGCGUUUGGAUUUUGCAGAUGAGAACUCUCCUAUUGACAUAGAGGCAUCGGGUAAAUUACAUCCUCUCCAGAAUCGGGCUGUGCGGGUGGAUUUUCCACUAUUUGAAGGAGAUGAGGUAUUGAAUUGGAUUUUUAGAGCUGAACAAUUCUUUACAUAUUAUAGAAUUUCAGAUCCAUAUCGAUUGGAACUAGCUUCCAUUCAUUUGGAUGGACCAGUGGUGUCUUGGUAUCAGAUGCUUAUCAAAACAGGUACUGUGUCAUGUUGGGCUGAUUUAGUUACAGCUCUGGAGGAGGAUUAUGGACCUACAGAUUAUGAGAGUCCUGAGUAUUCACUUUUUAGACUUACUCAAGAGGAUUCAGUCACUGCCUAUUAUCACAAGUUUACUGCAUUAGCCAACAGGGUGGAGGGUGUUUGUUCUAAAGCUUUGAUAGCUUGCUUUAUUGGUGGUCUGAAAGCGGAUAUUCAACGAGACAUUAUUCCUUUGAAGCCUAUGACUCUUCCUAAGGCUGCCUCUCUGGCUCGCUUGUAUGAAAAGAAAUAUUCUGCUACUGUGCCUACUAAGAAAUUUACAUAUUCUCCUGAUAUCAAUAGCAGUGCCAAUCCUAGCAAAUUCAACACAGCAGUACCAAAAACUCUUCCACUCUCUAUAAAUAAUUCUGGUCCUCCACACAAUGGCCCUACUGCAAACAAUUCUCAACCAUUCCAGAGGAUUAGUUUUCAAGAAAUGCAGGUUCGGAAAGCAAAAGGACUAUGUUUUAACUGUGAUGAAAAAUUCACGCCUAAUCAUAGAUGUGUCACCAAGAGAUUGUUAUUAUUACAAUGGGACACAAAACCUCCUGAUGAAUUGGAUCCUAGAGAUGCUGAUUUUGUGGUGGAAUUGGAGACUGCACAAAAUCAAGAGGAAUCUACUUCUAAAUUGGCUCUAAAUGCUAUGAAUUCUUCUUCACUCUCGGGGACAUUAAGGUUCGCGGGCACUAUAAAAGGAUAUCCAAUUAAGAUCCUUUUGGAUGGAGGAAGUGACGAUAACUUCAUUCAGCCUCGGGUGGCUCAGUUUUUACAUUUGGACAUUCAGCCUGCAAGUCCAAUUAAAGUUAUGGUGGGUAAUGGUAAUGCUCUUCAGGUUGAAGGAUUUCUUCCAAAUUUAACUAUCAUUGUACAGGGAAAUCAGAUUACAGUACCUGUUUAUAUUCUGCCAAUUGCUGGAACUGAAUUGAUCUUGGUUUCUGAUGUGGACAGUGAACAGUUAGAAUUGUCAACAGCUUCUACUCUAUCAGCAUUUCCGAACUGUACUCAGACUUUGGAAUUUUCUCCUACUAUGCUUGUUUCUUUACAGAAUUUACUCUUAAUAUAUCAACAGGUGUUUACCAUUCCAGUGGGUCUGCCCCCUUCAAGACAGUGUAAUCAUAGAAUUGAAUUGCUUCCCACUGCUCAACCUGUUAAGGUGAAACCCUACAGGUAUCCUCACAGCCAGAAUACAGAAAUUGAAGCACAAGUUCAACAAAUGUUGUUUGAAGGGCUAAUUGAAAACAGUACAAGUCCUUUCUCCUCACCUGUAUUACUGGUAAAAAAAAAGGAUGGAACUUGGCGUUUUUGCACUGAUUAUAGGGCAUUAAAUGCUAUCACAGUAAAAGAUGCAUUCCCUAUACCAGCUGUAGAUGAACUUCUUGAUGAACUGGGUGGUGCAAAAUUUUUUAGUAAAUUGGAUUUACGCUCAGGUUACCAUCAAGUUUUGGUGCAUCCUAAUGACAGGUAUAAGACUGUUUUUCGUACCCAUCAUGGACAUUUUCAGUGGUUGGUCAUGCCAUUUGGGCUCUCUAAUGCCCCAGCAACUUUUCAAGCUCUAAUGAAUAAUAUCUUCAAUUUUGCUAUGAGGAGGUAUGUACUAAUAUUCUUUGAUGAUAUAUUGGUAUAUAGUGUGGAUUGGGACACUCAUUUGCAACAUUUGGAGAAAGUUUUACAGACAUUACAACACAAUCACUUGUAUGCCAAAUUCAGUAAUUGCAGUUUUGGGGUGUUAGAGAUUGACUAUUUAGGUCAUGUUAUAUCUGAUAAUGGUGUACACAUGGACCCUACCAAAAUUUCAGAUAUUGUAAAUUGGUCAGUACCUGUUAAUGUCAAGCAACUGAGAGGAUUCUUGGGCAUUAGUGGUUACUAUAGAAGGUUUAUACAUCACUAUGCUAAAAUUGCUCAUCCUUUGGCUGACCUUCUCAAGAAGGAUAAUUUCCAUUGGACAGAUCAAGCUCAGAAGGCAUUUGAAAAAUUGAAAUCGGUGAUAAUUUCAGCCCCAGUUUUGCAGUUACCGGAUUUUUCUAAACCUUUUGUGCUAGAAACAGAUGCCUCGGGUAAAGGCAUUGGAGCAAUUUUAAGUCAGCAAAAUCAUCCUAUUGCCUUCUAUUAA